GGUUGACGUUUGCGGAAGCGACUCGUUGCUUUAGCCUGUUAACUCAAAAACCAAAACAGAGGAGAGGUUUUAGUGUUUAAUCUUCCCCCCCCCCUAAAAAACCGAAAUAAUUUCACAUAUCGCUUUGAUUGUGUCCGGCGGACAUAUUGGUUAUCUCCCUGGUGUUUGUCAGAGGACUGAGGAGGAGCUAAACUUCGCCCGAGAUGGAGGACCCUGGUGGUACCGGAGCAGAGUCUGUGGCUCAGUCACCAGCAGGUGCAGCCAAGUCAAAGCUGGACACACUGUCCAAAGAGGACCUUAUCAAGUUUGCCAAGAAGCAAAUGGCUGGCAUGCAGAAGAUGAAGAGCAGAUGUGCAGAUUUGGAAAAAGAAGUUGAAGCCCUCAAACAGCAAUCCAAAAACAGUAACAGCAAUUCAGAUGACUCCACUCUGAUACAGGAGCUGACUGAGAGGAUGGAUGCCUUACUACUGGAGAAGGCAGAAACUCAGCAAAGUCUUGCACUAUCUCGUAAAGAUCUAGAGAGGAAUAAGCAGCAAGCCAAGGAUGAUCUCGGAGUGCUCCAAGGAGAGCUUGACCGUGUAACAGAAGAUUACCAAAGGAAGCUCAAGACCCUAGAGAACAGCAUUGAGGAAUCCAACAACAAACACCAAGAAGAAGUGUCUUACUUCCAGAAAUUACUGAAAGAACGAGAAGAAAGUGACCGGGAGAGGGAGAGUGAAAGAGAGAGGGAGCGCCUGGCUGAACGUGCGAGUGCCAAAGAGAGCGUUGAAGAGGUCCGCCGUCACUUAGAAGCUCAGCUGAAAACCCUUCGAGCCGAACUGGAAGCGAUCCAAGAGCGAAAAUCGCAGGAGACUGUUGAGCUGCAGGAGAGCCACCAAAGGAAGUUGACUGAGGCCCAGCAGGAGGUGGAGAACCUGAAGGAGGAGCUCGCUCAGAAGAGUCUGCAGCACGAGGAGGAAAUGAGGGCUCUGGAAGAGGAUUGUGAAAUUGAGAGGGAGCGCCUCCUGUUGCUCCACGAGGAGCUGACGGAGCAGCUCGCUCUCAAAGACAGCUUCCUGCAGGAUGUGCAAGAGGAAGAUGAGGAACCUCCUCGUGGUUCGGGGAUCGCCAAAAUGCUGGAGCUGUCUGGCUGCAGUCAGGGUGACUCCAGCCACGUUGAUGGAGAGGAGACGGAGACUGGAAAACUGAGAGCAGCCCUGGAAGACCUUCAAGCCCAGAGCACCAUGUUACAAGAUGAGCUCACCCUGCUUAGUAAUGUGAAGGGUGAGCUCGAGGCAGAGCUCGAGAGGACCAAAGAGGAGUUCCAGAUGGAAAGAGAAGAGCUGGAGUUCAAAAUCAAUGAACUGCAGAUGAACCGUGAAAGCACUACCAAUGACCCAGCCGUAACCCUGGACCCUGACCAAGUCCAAGGAGAGUUCCAGCAACAGAGUGAAGCACUCAAAGACACAGAGGACACCCUCCCAGGUGAAUCCAAAGAGUCAUCAAUAAGUCCUGGAGACCAUAACCAAUUGAAUCCAGAGGAGCUGAGGGCCCAGUGUGACGCCUUGACCAGAGAGAGAGACUCUGCCCUGGUUGAGUGUCAACACAUGAGAGACAUACUGCAAGGUGUGGAGACAGAACUGGGUGAGAAGACGAGAGAUUUUGUUCUUCAGUACAAAGCCAUGAAGGAGCAGGGAGCCAGUACUGUACAGGAACUCCAGGACAAGAUGGAACAGCUUAGCCAGGAGAGGGAUGAGCUGUUGGAGAGUGUGAGAGAGGUUACAGAGGAGAAAAACACUCUGGCGAUGAGCGUACAAGACCUGAAGCUGAAGCUCGAAGCCUCCACUGGUGAGGACCAGAAACUCCAGUCUUCUUUAGAGGAACAAACAACUUUGGCGUGUGAGCUGAAGCAAUCUGUGGAGGAACUGACCAGGCAGAAUGAGGAGAUCCUUUCCCAACUGCUGAUGAAGGAAAACAUGAAAGAAGAGAUGAAAGAGAUGGUUCACAUGCUGCAGGAAGAGCGAAACAAUAUACACUCCCAGCUCCAGCACAGAGAAGAGGAAAUUCAAAAGCUGAACGACGAGAGAGCAAAAGAGGUCGAGAGGCUGCUAGAGGAGAAAGAGAAAGAGACGCUUUUGCAUAGAGAGGAGAAAGAGAAUGAGUUGAGAAGCCUGAAAAAAGAGAAGGAGGAUGAAGUGCAACAUCUAAAAGAAGAGAGGGAAAAUGUAGAAGAGCGCCUGAAGGAGGAGGUUAAAAGACAGAAGGAGACUGUUUCAGCUUUAGAGCUGAGUAUCAAAGACUUCUCCAAAGAAAAGACUGACCUCCAGCAUAAAUUGGAAGAGGCAUCAUCUGAGCUUUCCAAAGCCCAGGAAACAAGGGACCUUUUGGCUUCCAAGCUGGCAGCCCUGGAGGGGCAGCUAGAGCAGGAGGCGUCUGAAAAGAACCACCUAGAGGCGAAGUUGAAUUCAUUGGCAGAGGAGGCAGAGCAGGCCCGCGCCACCAUCAGAGCUCUGGAGGAAAAUCAGUCUGAAGCACUCGGUAACUCCACCGCAGAGGUUGAGGAGCUCCGAGCACGUGUAGAUGAGUUGGAAAAGGAGAGGAGCCUGUUGAGGAGCAGUCUUGAGGAGGCUCAAGGUGUAGUAACAUUAGAGGAGGUGCAAAAUGAGCUCCAGGCUCGUAUCACAGACCUGGAACAGGAGAGGAGCAUGUUGAGAAACAACCUGGAGGAGGUGGUGAAGGACACUGAAGGGCUGCAGAAAGACCUGGAGGAUAUGAAGUCAGUCAAUGAGAAGAUAAAUGAGGAGAACAAGAAACUGCAGGCUCACAUUUCUCUGAUGACUGAGGAGAAGGAGGAGAAAGGAGAGAUUGAGAAUAUGGAGAAAGAGAGAACAGAGCUCAGAGACCAGCUGGAAGAGAAGGAUUCACUCAUAUCUCAGUUGAGGAGUGAGAUCGCCGCUCUCCAGGAGUCUGCGGCUCAGUCUACUUCCUCUGAGGAAAACACAGCCAGUGAGAUCACAAAGAAAUUAGCUCUACUGGAGAAAGAACACAAAGAAAAGGAUGAGAAGAUGAACAAAAUCAAGGCAGUGGCUAUCAAAGCGAAGAAGGAGCUGGACAUCAGUAAGAAAGAGGUUGCAACCCUCAAGGAGGAAGUAGAAUCACUGAAAGCAGACAGGGAGAAAGUGAACAGCUCUAUGAAAGAUAUCAUCCAUGGGGCUGAAGGCUACAAGAACCUGCAGAUAGAUUACGACAGGCAGACAGAGCAACUGGAUAAGGAGAGAGAGAAGGUGGAGGCGGCGGAGAGACAGAUUGCUGAGCUGACCAAACGACUCAGCAGUGCUGUCACACAGACUGAGACGAUGAGCAGUGAGAAGGAGGACCUGCUGACCAGCAUUGAGACUGCGAGGAACACACUGAGGCAGCUGGAAGCCCAAAACCAGGAGCAGCAAAGACAGUUAGCCAGUCUGGACAGAGACCUGCUGGCUGAGAGAGCUAUGAAAGAACAGAAGAUCAAGGACUUGUCAACUGCCAUGAAGGAGGUAGAAGAGCUGACAGCCCAGCUCCGCAGGCAGCAGCAGCAGUCUCAGCAGACUGCCCAGGAGCUGGAGCAGCUACGCAAGGGGGCGCAGCAGAGCUCUCUUAUGGACAUGGAGAUGGCUGACUACGAACGCCUGGUGAAAGAACUCAACACCAAACUCUCAGAAAGAGAUGAGAGUGCUGAGGAGUUAAAGGCCCAGAUAAACUCACUGAACCUGAAGGAGGACACACUCAAACAGGAAAUUGAGGCUUUGAAGUCCCAGCUGGACCAGGGGGAGGAGAAGACCUCCAAGAUGAAACAGCUGCUGGUGAAGACCAGAAAGGACUUGGCCGAUGCCAAGAAACAGGAAAGCUCCCUCAUGAUGCUGCAGGCCUCUCUGAAAGGAGAGCUGGAGGCUAACCAACAGCAGCUAGAAAGCUCCAAGAUUGAGGUGUGCGAGCUGUCGUCAGAGCGCCACCGUCUGCAGGAGCAGCUGAGGUCUGCGUUGGAACAGCAACAAAGAACCAGCAGCUCCCUGCAGCAACGCAUCAGCAGCCUGCAGCAGGAGAGAGACACUGCUAAGGCUGAGCUCAUGGCGACAGCGGGUGAGUUUGAGAGUUACAAGGUGCGAGUCCACAAUGUGCUCAAACAGCAGAAGAACAAAACCAAUUCCCAGAGUGACGGGGACUCUGGUAAAGUGGAGAGGGAGCAGUUGUCCUCUCAGAUAGAACAGCUGAGGUCCAGGCUGGCUGAGAGCCAUCAGAGCCUCCAGAGCAGCACAGCGGAGCUGCAGCAGCUCCACACUGAACACGACACUCUGCUGGAGAGACACAACAAAAUCCUCCAGGAAACCAUUAGCAAGGAGGCUGAGCUCCGGGAGAGGCUGCUGUCAGUGCAAUCAGAGAACGUGGCUCUGCGGUCAGAUCUGUCCCAGGCUCAGGCUGACCUGUCCUCCCAGGUCGAGACCCAGCGUCAGACCUACAGGGAGCAGCUGAGGAAGCUGCAGGACGACCACCGGGCCACUGUGGAGACCCUGCAGGGUCAGCUGACCCGCCUCGAGGAGCAACUCUUCAACCUGCAGAGCCAGAACAGUCCAGUGUCGGUCCAGUCCGGCCGUAAGCCCCUGGCGUCAGACCCCCAGCGCAGAAACACAGAUCAGAACCAGGCGGGGCUGGGACUAAUGGGCCUCAACGACCUCCAGUCUAUGGCCAGGGAGGAGGGCGAGGGCAUGGAGACCACGGAGACUGAGAGCCCCUCUCCUGCUCUUACUCCCCUCCCCUCUCUGGAGCAUCUUCUCAUGUCCCCGGACCCCAAACAAGAGCCAUUUGUGUGGACGGUGGAACCCACCAAAGAAGAGCUAAGUCAAAAGCUGAGCACAGCCACCCGCAGUAUGGAGCACAUGAACAGCCUCCUGCAUGAAACUGAAGCCACCAAUGCUGUUCUCAUGGAGCAGAUCACUCUGUUGAAGAGUGAAGUGCGUCGUCUGGAGCGAAACCAGGAGAGGGAGAAGAGUGUGGCUAACCUGGAGUAUCUGAAGAACGUCCUGCUGCAGUUCAUCUUCCUGCAAUCUGGCAGCGAGCGGCAGGCGCUUCUGCCCGUCAUUCACACAAUGCUGCAGCUCAGUCCAGAGGAGAAAAGCAAACUGGCUGCCAUUGCACAAGGUGGGGAAGAGGGGUCCGGGACUCGGGGCUCAGGUUGGUCCUCCUAUCUCCACAGCUGGUCUGGGAUCAGGUAGACUUGAUGAUCAACCAACUCAGCAAAAACAAUAUAAGGAGGAGGAGGAGGAGGAAGAGGAGGAGGAGGAUAAGAUGUUACUGGGCCUUUUUCUGUGAAAACCUGUACUAAGCAGCGAUGCUGUACAUUCGAAAUAGUGGCGGGAAGUUAAACCGGGGCAUUUACAAACCUUUUUCUGGGACACAAAAGAAGGGACCAAGGAUUGUAUCAGAAAAAAGUGAAGUGUGUGGUAGAGAUGAAACCAAAACAUUUGACAUGAACAUUGAUUUGAAUUUGUAGUGCAAUACUUACAUUAGUCUCUUACCACUGAAUGUUAACUGUGACAAAUUUCUGUCUUCCUUACUCUAACUAUUGACAACAAUAUUUACUGGACGCGAGGGUUACGCCUCCUGGAGCUCUUAAGGCAUUACGAAGCAUCGCUAGCACUAUUGAAACAUUCUGAGUGUGUACAUCAUUUCUAUAUCAUGUUAUAUUCACAACGUUGUAUAAUGCACAUGUGUAGUGCACAAAUUACAGGAGGAGGAUUAAUCAAGGGGAUAACUGUGUUAGUUAGUGAGAUGUUAUCACUUUAAGAUUUAUUACUUCUUAAGAUUUUACUUGCACUUGUAAUGGGCUUGUACUGUGUAGCACAGUACACUUAAAGGGUUAUAGUAGAGUUUCAGCUCUUUUGGUACAUUUCUUUCAACAAUUUCAAGGACAUACUGAAGCGUUAAAAGAUUUUUUUAACUACCUAGACUGCAGCCAUUUUCUUCUAUUCCUUGCAGUGUGAAAAUUAACAGGAAACUUGCUCAAUAUAUCAGAAUAAACAUCAUCUCAACAUUAAUUUUCAACCAGUUGUUGCCUUGAAGGUAGAAAAAAAAGACAAACCUUAAAUGCAACACGCUUUAGAAAACAAUCACCGGUAGAGUCCAGUACGCGUGAUUUAGUUAAUGGCCUAAAACCAUUCACUGUACACAAACUAGACGUAGAGUCCGUGACGUAACCCAUCGGUUUCUGAAGAGCCGAUGUGAAGCUCAGUGUGGUCGGCUCUGGUCGUCUCUAUCUUGGCAUUCCCGACUUUGCCGGCUCCUGAUCCAAAAAUGGGUUAAGACGUGGAGCUGAGGCGGGCUGAAUGAAGCCUGGUUACUGAACACAGCCGCCUGUCACUCAAAGUGGCCACCCUCUCAAUUUAGCCUAACUUUAAGCCUUGAUAUAUUUUAAACUGGUGAGUUUUAUAAAGAUUCACUUACAGUUAUCAUAGACGGAGGAAAUUAGAUAAAGAGACCAAAACUGUUUUUUGUACGAGGCUGUAAACAUGUUUAAUCCUGCUAUAAAUUUGGGCAUUUUAAUAUGGGUUCUUAUGAAGAUUGACUCCCAUCUGUAGCCCGCCUCCAGUGGCCGUUUGAGGAACUGCAGUUUGUUUUACUUCCAUUGUUUGGUUUCAUUUGCAGCCACGGAGGUUGCUGCUUGGCUAAAGCAUGCUAACUAUCCAGUGUGAUCCAUUUAAGUCUCUUCAUCUCGAUCAUAAUCUGACUUAUAAUAUUAAAAAAAAGUGCAUUUCUACGUUCUCAGGUUCACCUGACCAACAUGACUGACAAAACAUUAUUAUAAUAGCAUAUUUAUGCUUUUUUUCUGACAUAAUUUGUUGUUGUUGAUUAAUGCUUACAUUCUUAAAUCAGUUGGAGUUUCUUUGUGUUUUGAUUGAUCAUAUCCUGUAGCGAUGGUUGAUGUGUGAUUUUGUUCUGGUUACUGUGUAAUUUUGUAGUUCCUGAUUGUUGUGGUUGUUAUUUAAUGCCAAAUCAUUAUUUUAAUGCUUUCUCUGUCUUUUUUUGGGAAUACUUUCUGUUUUUAGUCUGUUGUUGUGCUGCUGUUUAAUCACUGGACCUGACAGAUUUGUUGCAGCAUCAUCUGUACGGCUGUCUUGUUGAAGGACGGUCGCCGUGACGGCAAGCAUAUCCAACCUGCUAAAGUGUCCUUGAGCAAGACUCACGGGUGCUGCUUUUUCACAGUGCCUGACCACGACCUUCUGACCUCCCUGUAAAACACACAUCCACCCACUGUUUCAUCACAUAACUAAAUUAUUUUUUGCUCACAUCCUAUUAAUGAAGAAGAUAACCGGCUUGUUUAUUUUCUCAUUCCAGUGGCAGCUUUUUGUGAUUCCUUCAGCACAAGUGAAUGUAUUUGUAUUGAAUGCUUUUUAUAUUCAUGUUGGGUAACGUCAGCAGAGGCUAUGCGAGAUUACUGUAACUAUAAAGUGUGUAUCUGUAUAAGAAUGAAGGCGCGUUUACAGUGUGUUAACUGUUUCACUGUAAAACAACUUGUAAACUUAAAAUAAACUCAACAUGGAUGAAAA